AUGCAGCCAUCGACGAACGGUGUUGACAACCCCCAAAUCCAGAAGCUGCAGGCGCCGCCGCAGCCGCAGCAGACCCAGCAGCAGGCGCCACCGCCUCCAGCGCAGUGGCUACCGGCCAUGUCUUACCCGGCGGCGACCAUGGUUAUGCAGCACCAGAUGAUGGGGGUCGGGGGCCCACCGCCGCCGCCGCAGUUCGCGCCGCACUACCUGCCUUACCACCACGUUGCCCCGGUGCCGCCGCAGUACCACCAGCAGCAGAUGCAGCAGCCGCAGCAGCAGGGCUCCGCGGAGGAGAACCGGACAAUCUGGGUGGGGGAUCUCCACUAUUGGAUGGAUGAGAACUACCUGCAGCACUGUUUUGGACACACCGGUGAGGUAAGGCGUUUCCUUCCCUCUCCUUAAACUUUACGUUUUUCUCUCUGAACCUUCUGUCUCUGGUAAGUGGGUGACUACAGUUACUGUCCAGGGAUUGCUUACGCUGGACCUGAAAUUAGUUAUUUCGCUCUCCGAUGUUUUGAGGGAAACCGUUUGAUUGUGGGUUUUUGUUGGGAAGGCUUAGGGUUUUUUCGCUACCGUACCUGUCUUUGUCGCGCAUCUUGGUGCUUUCUUUAUUUUAUAAGAGAGGGCAUGUAUUUCAUUUUGUUUGAAGAUACUGACCAAAGAAAGUACACAUGGACAUGUCCAGAACGAUCGCUAUCUUAUUAGCGUUCCUGUCUCCUCGAUUAGUAGGCUUUCCAGUGGGCUUCUUCUCAAUAUUAUGGUUUCAAACAUUUUAUAGAUUGGCGUUUAUGCAAGAUGGAUGCGACAGUACCAUUAGUAUAUGACGUAAUCACCUGCUUGAUUAGGAAUAAUAAAGUAUGUAUGCUCUGUUCUUUGCUUGAAAACCUUUUUGUUUGGGAGAAUAUAGUAACGCCUACGUGGAAGCCAGAAAUAUUGAGGUUUAUUUCUUUUCCUGUAGCGUCCUUACUUCGGUUUAGUUUCAACUAAUUGAUGGCUGAUCCUGCAUUUUUUUCCAAGUCCGUGUAAAAUCCAGCGUGAAACAACCUUAAGUUGCCUUCUAGUUGUCCCAUUCUGUUGUGGUGUGCAGCGUCAGGAAUCCUCUAUUGAUUUGGGACUUGUGUUUUAAAGUAAACGUUGACUGGUGCUUUCAUGUUGUUCAGAUUAUGCACUGGAUUUUGAGCAGUUAAUCUUUAUCCAUGUGGUUAUAUCUCUUACUUACCUUACGGCUCUAUCUAGAUUACAAAGACAUACGGAUGCUUUAAAAUGACAUUGUUUUUCUUGAAAGUCAACUGAUUUGUUUACUGCUGACAGUAUGCUUCAUAGAAAAAAAUCGAGUGGUUCCUAAUAGCAUGGAAAAGAAAAGAAGGUGAUCGCAUGUACUGAGUCACAGUUCUUUUCAUCCAAUAUAUGGGUUAGAUGACCUAGCUGUUCUUUUGGAUGAGACUUAGAUGCUAAUUGUAUACUGAUUUAUCAUGUUUCUAGUUCGGGGAUGAGACCUGUCUUUUAUUGAUGGAUUUUCUCAAAGAGGAAGGGAUUGACAUAGACACGUGAAUGCUUCCCCAACAUCUAAUAGUGGAGAAAAAGAACUACUGCUACAUGAUUCCCAAUAGUAUUAUCUGUCUUACGUAAAUUGGUUAUUGCUUCAUUAUCCUGGUCGGGUUGGUGAUGAAGUAGGCCCAGGGAAAAAGUACAAAUUCUUAAUUGGAUUUUACUGGUUAUUCACUUCAUACUUUCUUGAAAUAUGCUUCUUACCUUGUUUUUUUAUCAAAUAAAAUAAGUUUUUAAAGAAUGGCUUCCAUCUUCCAAGAUGAAUCACCCUAGAACAAAUAAAAUAAGUGUUUAGAGGUGUUAUUCUUCUUUUCUGGAGCAUAAAAAUUCUUCUUUAAACACCAAGAGAAAUGCAGUAAAGAAGAAUAGCAUGGGCUAGAAAAGAGACCAUUUUCCAGUACAGGAUGAUGGUGGAUUUGCUCAUUUGCUAAACUCCUAUUAGAUAGUUCCCGAAGUAUAUGAUUCUGCCUCUCCUACUGACUACAAUCCAGUAGCCUAUUUAUGACUGCUUGGCUGGUUUUCUCGGAAAGAUGUUGUCUCUAUAAUAUGUUCUUUUCAUAUAAAAUUUUGUGUUCUGCCUCAUACUCAGUGGUUGUUUGUGGAAGUAUAGCUUUCUGUAAUACCUUCUUAGUGGCCCUAUGAUGCUCGACUUCUGUCUCUGUUAUUUACUCCAUUUUACUCGAGGACAAAAGUUAAGCUGCUGUACUCGUUUUCUCCAAUGUCCUUUUAUUGCUCGUCAAUGCUGUUAAUUUUAUCUCCUUUUAUGCUAAAGGAGAUUGGUGCCCAAUGAUCUCACUAGUUUCCAGACUACAUUCACCAGCAAUCUUCUGUCUCUAUUUAUGAUGAAGUGCUCGGCUGGUCUGAUAGAUGCAUUUCAUACAUUGCUGCCAUUUAUGUAGAGUAUGUAUACUACACAAAUGUAACCAUGCUAUUCAAUGGAAGCCCAUUUAUGAGAUCCGAACUCCAUCAAAUAUUGAACAAAACACAAUUUCUUGAUCUAGUUUAUUUUUUUCUCUACCGGAUUUCAUAUUGUCAUGAUCCCGAUCCAGUAUUAGGUUACAGAAUAGUUGAAUGACUAAUUUGGAAGUGCUCUUGGGAUGAGUGUUUCUUGAUGUAUUUUCGAUUUUGUUUGCUUGACUUUUUAGAAUAUGCAUGUUCAAGUACUUCAACAUCAAGUGCCUUUUGUAGAGGUAGUGACUGGUUUUGUUCACGUUUCUUGGCUUCAAUUCCGUUCUUUUGUGUCUCCACUGCAAAUGACUAAAUUUUCACCAGGAACUUCUUGAAUUCCACAUGGCGCACCCCUUCCAUUUAUCAGUUAGUACUAGGAAGAAGAGAAAUAUAUUUUGUCAUGACAUUGGGGGAUUGAAAUUAGGAGUGUUAUAGGAGAAGUUGGAUGAUAUUUAUCCUCGGGCUGACUGAACUGAAUUUACUUUCUAAUUUGGAAAUGUCAGAAACUGAGAUAGUUUCAAAUAGUACCUGUCAGAAUUACUUAGCUUUGAUACUCAGGCUUUUUAGGGUUUUUUUUUAGUGCUGCACUCAUCAAAGCUUUCAUUGUGGAAGUUCAUGCUCUUAUGUAGUCAAUGACUUCCUCUUUGUCUUCCUUGUCUUUUGUUGCAACUUCUAUUGUUGCCUCCAGUGUUUGACAAUAGGCCUGGAAAUGGUUUGGGCGGCACAACAGUUUAUAAUUCACCUGUAUGCAUUUUUCUCCCUCUGUUUUUAAUAGGAGAUUAAUAUUUAGACACUGAAUCUUCUAGAUGCAUUCUUCUAUUUUUUUCUCUAUUUUAUUGAAUUAUUUGGGUAUAGUGCAGUUGUGGCAUCAUACAGCACGAGCCACAUAGGUGUUGGGCCUACUUAACAUUGAGACCUUGUGACCUGUAUCCAAUCGUCAACUUGGCAGAUCCUCAUGGGGGUUUCAUUUGACAUUUGGAUGGCUGACAUGGUCAAUUCCAAUGUGGAUCAUGACUGGGAAAUAUUGACGCCUGAACCGACUUGUCAGAGUUUAUCUACUUUGCUGGGAUGCUUUGGGCACUGACAUACAAUCUUUUGGUUUGUCUUGUGUAUGUGUACCUCUGAGGAGGAAUUUUUUGCAUGAUUUCUGUAUUGGCUUACUUUUUUCUCAAUAACUUUUCAUUUCAUUCCUUUUUUAUAUGAUCUACAACACUUGUAUCUUGGCACGACGUGCUUCACCCACUGCUGUAGAGAGUCACAUGAUUAGUUGGGACUUCAUCUCGUACCUGUGGCACCAUUAGGCUGUGUGCGUUUAUUAUAGUUGAUGUUAAAGGGGAUGUUUCUCAUGUUCUACGUGAGGUCCAUGGUUUUUAACGUGUAGCCUGUAGAACAAUAUGCUGGAGAUGCCCAAUGGCAUCCAGACCUCCUAUGUGAGCAGCCUAAUAAGGGAUCUGCUGGGUUGCUUGGAUUUUGGUCGUCAGCAUUUUGUCUCCUGGGUUGCAUCUGCUCUACCGUUUGCUCUUCCCAAACACAUCACACUAAUGCUAUAUGGUUUAUUUUUAUCUGUAAACAGUACCCUUAAACUUUUAUUGGGGACACAAAUGUAAGUGUUGCGAAUCACUGUAAAUGUUUGCAUUUGUCAGUGCAUAGAAAAGUAAUGGUAGAUGUGAAUGCUGUUUGUACUGAAUGCAAACUGUUUUGUGCAUUUGUUUUCAGCCAAAUGUGAACUGUCAUUCAGGUAUGCAUUUAUCAAUUACGGAUGCAUCUGUUCACAUUGGCAUCACCCUUCGGCCACGCAAAGGGCUUGAAUAUUUAGUUCAUCACUCUUUGGGUGCUUCUUGAAUGCAAGCGAUAGCAGCAGAUGGUUUUUAGUAGGUAUGCACAAGCAGCUGUUGGCAUGUAUUAAUGACAUGAACGACAGGGGAUCUCUUCCGCGUCAGUUCUUCUUUGUAAACUCGUGUCUUAUUUGCCUAGUAUCUUAGUCAGUUCAUCUAAUGCAGCAUUGGAAGGCCAGCAGUUUAUUGCUCUACAAUGACAUUUCUUAAUUUUUUUCUAACAAAUAGUUAUGCAACCAGAAUGCGUGAAGUCAUACAUUUGAUUAACGUAAAGAAAAGAUGAUUGCUACAGUUAUUUCACUGCAUACUAUAUUUGUGUGAUUUGAGUAGUCUGACUAUGGUCUCAUAUUUUACAAUUUAACAGUAUGCAAUUCAUCUCAUUCUUUUCAAUCAUAUAUAAAACUAGGGACCACAUCUGCACACCUCACCUUGUUGCCAAGGGAGUAGGUUGUAGAUUCAUGGUCUAGUAAGACCACCAGUACCUUGUUGCUGUGUGUUCCAAUUUUUGUUCUGUCAACUGUUGAUAUCUGGUAUGAAUGUACUGCAAAUUGGAAAAGCACCCACUUAAACAGAAUGCUUUUGUUAAGGCCUUCAGAUAUCUGGUAUCUCGCACCUCUUGUGAGUUAAUACUUUUGUUUCUGUUUCAUAGUUGUGCAUUCCAUCUUUUUGGUUGCCUAUACUUUCUUUGUCAUUGAAUUUAAUAAUUGUGAUUAUCUUUACUGUAGUUUCUCCAAUCACUUGUAAAGCUCAUUAAAAGAAUAUUGAAUGAAAUGGCGUCAAUGGGUUUCAAUCAGUGUUUUUGUUUUCAGUUUUUCAUUUAUCUGCUAGAUAGGAUGGAAAUAUGAACGUAUCUACAAACUCACACCUGAAGCUUUUACUGUUAUUGGAAAUAUCUUAUGUUAAUGAUUUAUUGGGAUGCUUUGCUGUAACAGAAGUUUCCGAAUUAGAUUCAUAAAUUCUAAAUAUUCUCUGAUGUUUCUAUAAUUAUCACUUUUUGCCGUCUUCACAGAUAUGAUCUGUAUAAGAUUAUGGAAAGUGGUUGAAUUUAAUUUUCCAUUUCCCGUAUGUUUCUGAUUUUUAAAGGACAGUGUUCUCCUCUUUGGUUGGAUUUCUAUUCAGUGUUUUCUUUGAGAUGUACGUUUUUGUUAAGCUGAAGGAAUACGUUUUCAAUUGACGAAUGUAUACCUGAUUAUAUUUGUUAUAUAUUUUCCUUUACAACGUUUGAUGUCUUUCAUUCUACUCCUGUAUGCCCUGUAGGUAGUUUUGGUGAAAGUUAUCCGCAAUAAGCAAACUGGUCAGUCAGAGGGGUAUGGCUUCGUGGAAUUUUAUUCACAUGCAGCAGCUGAAAAGGUUCUGCAGAGUUUUAAUGGCAUGAUAAUGCCCAAUACGGAUCAGCUUUUUCGAAUAAACUGGGCCACAUUUAGCAUGGGGGAUAGGCGUUCAGAGGUCAGCUCUGAUCAUUCUAUUUUUGUGGGAGAUCUUGCUUCUGAUGUUACAGAUACUCUUUUGCAAGAAACUUUUGAUAGAAGAUACUCAUCUGUUAAAGGUGCAAAGGUUGUUAUUGAUGCAAACACUGGUCGAUCAAAGGGUUAUGGAUUUGUAAGAUUUGGAGAUGAACAUGAGAAAUUGCGUGCAAUGACUGAAAUGAAUGGUGUUUUUUGUUCCAGUAGAGCGAUGCGCAUUGGUGCUGCUACCCCCAGGAAGUCAUCUGGUAUGUCAUCGGAAGAACUAGCUAUUAUUUGCUUACUUUACGUAAAAUAUGUUGAGAUCAUUAUAGUAUCGAUUUUUUAUGUUACAUCAUUUUUUGCGGGAUAGGGUUAUCGUCAUCUAGGGUUUAGAAUAUCGUUUUCGAUGGGUGUUCAUGAAUAAGUCAGCCUUAGUGCCAUCUAUUAUGUACAAGAAAGACAGAAUGGACUUUCUUGGCAUAUAGUCAGUGCGCAGGUCACAUGGACGGCUAUGUAACGGUUUUCUCAACACUCCAAAAUGGUCAAAGGGGUUUUUCUAUUUAAACGUGCGAAUAUAUCACUUUGCAGUUGCCGUACUUAUUACCCUGAUAAUUGCUCGUUUUCAUUUUCGUAAUAUCCGACGGAAGAAUAUUUCCUGAAGGGUAAUGCCAUCUAUUCGAUUUUUUCGUGGGGAAUUAAAGGCUGCGAGUUUAUUGCCUAUAAUGUUGAAGUUUUUGGGUAUUAUUGUGUUCAUUCUACAGUGUAUUUUUUAUUAAAUGUUAGUAGUGUGUGAGGUUUUGGGCAGAAAUAGCUCGUUUUUCGAACUAUUUUAUAUGCUUAAGACAUCAGAAUUUCCUAUAUGGGAAAAUAAUGGCAAUAACGUAUCAGUACACGGCCGUUUUUUCACAGUUCACAUAUCACUUUGCUUUCCAAUUCAUACGCCAUUUCUGUGCAAAAUGAUUUUUUUCCUUCUGUUUUAUGUCAAUGUUUUUCUGUGGACUUUCAAUACUGACGCAUUUCAUUGAAAAGAAAAUAAGGUGCCUGUAUAUUUCAUGAUGAUGGGCAUUUCAUGAAUUUGGAAAUGAUUCUGUGAUGUUUCAACAAUGAGACCAUUUUUGUUACUUCUCAGAGCAGAAGAGAAAGGUGUAAUUUGCCAGUAGUUGUAUCCCCUCUCUGAUUACGAGAACAGGCAGAAUGCAGGUUGUUCAACACUUUCAAAACUGGUGGCAAUGAUGUGGGAAUCUUAGGGAGGUUAAGAAUAGGUUUCCGUUGGCAGUACUAUGAAAGAUGUACAUGGACCAUUGAAAAGGCAAAUUUCCACCGCUACUUUCAUCGGAUUGAUUAUUUAGUCUCAAGUUCUCUACAACUCUAGAAACUGCAAUAUUUGUUUUAGUGUUUAAUUGUUAGAAGCUUGUGUAGCAAUGACGUUAUUGUGAUGAACUGCCCUGAAAAGAAGAGGAGCCUAAUUAAAAGAAAAUGUCCCACAUCAACAGUCCUUAUAGAAUACUGCUUUUACUUCAUCUCUAGCAUGUUGGAUAGAUAUCCUUCUAAAUUUUAUAAAUGCUGCUUAAGUAAAUAAUUAAUCCCAAUCUCUACCUCUUCCUUGAUAGUUCUAUUUCAUAACCUCUAGCCAUGUUCCAUCAUAAAUCCUCAGUUUCCAGAAUCCUUUGCUUAAAAGGGCUCUCUGAUGUUAAGAAAGUUAAGAAACUGUUCGUAGUUACUAUUAUUUGUAACACUUCCCUCAUGCCGAAAAGGUCUUCAUUCAAUAUUUUUUAGCUUCUUAGCUGCUGAUUAGGGAAUCCUGAAAAUUGAUUGGUAGUAUUACAACUUUACACAAUUUUAGCGUCCCUUCAAAUCACAGAAGCUUCACUUUCCAACCAGAUAUUUUGCUUCAAACGUUUGCACCUUCCUUGUCAAGUCUCUCCAAAAAAUGUCACCAGAGAUGAGUGACAGGCUUAAGUAAUAUUGGAGGAGAUCUCCCUAGCUUGUAUCCUAACAGCAAAGUUGCCUUUCAACUUUCCUCUCAACAUUAAGCUCGUAACUUAUACUUUUCGAAAGGUUUACCUUAAGGCCAGUAGUUUCUCCCUAAAUGUCGAGCAUUAUUCUCGUCUUAAAUACAUGAUUCUUCUCUAUAGAUAAUACUACAGUCGUGUCAUUUGCGUAUUGUAAGUGUAUCCCAUGUAAGGUUGAAAUUCCUUGAUUCAGCCCAAAGCAUCUGCCCAUACGUAUCUGCCCAUACGACAUCCUACAUGUCACUUUUGCUACAAAGGCAAGUUAGAGAGCAUAAAGGGCCUCCUUAUCUGAGACCUCUCCCCUCCUGAAAUUAAGCUAAAGGUUCCCCAUGUGCUGAGCUGCGUGUAAUGAUGCAUGUAAGGAUCAGAUAAGCACCAUCUGAUAAAUCAAUGUAGAAUCUUUGUACCCUAUUUUUUGGGAUCAGCACCAGGAGUGUUUUUUGAUCCCGCUGAACGCCAUGUUAAAAUGAGCAGUGUUGGCCUGUUGUUGUGGCCACUGAUCCCUUGACCAUUGCGGCCAUUAGCAUUCUUCCUUCAAAAGAAUAACCUUCCGCUUUUGCUUCUGCUGCAACAUUGCGCUCCAGGCCCAUUAUGUGGAAUCACACUCAAUGGAAGGAAGACCGAUCCACUUUGGAAUGUUUCGCAUUCAACUUCUCUUGUCUUCAGGUUGUUUGAACCCAGUGCUUAUUGACCCGUGUACUCUACGAAUCCUGUGGCGAUAGAACGUGUUUGUUUAACAUUUCUCAGUUUCCAUUGAAUACAGUCUAUAAGUUUCUUCAAGUGCAUCAAAUACCUCGAUUCCCCAACGAGCCUUGACCUUUUCCUUCUUUCCUAGUUGAGACCUACUAUCCCCCAAUCACAGGUCCGCUUUAAGACCACGGACGAUAUACAGCUCUCCUUAAUAGAAAUGUGUAUAUUUCAAUGUCUUUGUAACCUAGAGUUUUGAAUAAAAAAUAAACGAGUAAAUAUUUUUAUCUACCUUCUUUGUCCGAUGAGGAUUUCGCCUCAGUCAAAGCUCAUCAAUGUGGAUGGGGUAUUGACUCUGUGAAGUAUAACAAUUUCUAAAUUUCUUUAGAGAGGAAAUAUUGAAAGACUAAUCGUUCCAAAAUUUCCGCUUCUUUGAAGGCUGUAUGUUGUGAAGCCUUCUGAAUUUAGACCUUUACGUUCAAAGAAGGGGUUAUUUGAACCUGAUGUGUGGCAAGAUAUCUAUUGCCUCUAUUUGAGAUAAUGUGAUAUGUUGACUUGAUUGAAAAGUUCCCUUCUUUGUACCAUCUUCAAUGCCAUCUACCUAACCUGGGUUUUGCGAUGGACCUUUGUGUAAGUAGGCAGAAAAAUUCUGAAAGUGUUAGAUCUCAUCAUCCUUGUGAUGUUUCUUGAAAUUUGGUCUUUGCUUUCGUUCCAUGUCAUGGUAGAAAAAUCUAUCCCCUGAUUAUGCUUAGAUCUUGUGCUACCUUCAAGCUUAGUUAUCACAUUCUCCGAGAGUAGAUACUCUACAUCAACAGCCUUCAAAUGCGAGUUUUUCACGUCCCUGUCCUGAAAGUUAUCUCAGGAUACAUUUUAAAUUCUGUUGACGUUAUGGGGUGUGAUGUCAUAUCUUUCACUAUUGUUGUAUUUUUCCUUAAUAACAUUCAACCUUAGUUCCCCAUACUCAGUACCUCACUUCCAAUAUCAUUUACUUAGCAAUGAUGGAGUAAACCUCUAACGUUAACAUGGCUGGUUCAUUACUUUGUGCUUAUAAAUCCUUCACCUGUUAAGAUGAUGCCAUCUAUGACCUGUAUCCCUAUUUUCAUGUGAAAGUUUCUUUUCUUAUCCACUGUUUUAGGGAUCAUGACGAUGCAAUAUGACAGAACGAGAGGUUAAACAAUGCAUUUUUUCAUAGCGUGAGUUUUCCUAAAAUAUAUAUAGAAUCUUUACUCCCUAGUCAGCUAGCUAAUUUUCAACUCUUUCUAUCUUUGACCAAUUCCAGCAGAAAAUAUUCCGUUGGUGACAAAUUGGGGGUUCUUUUGCCUCAUUGCCUAGAUAUGUGGGACACGCUCUUAGCAUCAUAUUUCUCCACUAGAAAGCUGCCAACUACAGUUUUCUUGGUGUUAACUUAGAAAUCUGGUUGCUCCUUUUUUAAGCUUCUUGAACAGUCUGUUUGUAUGCAAGUACUCUUCCCUUGACAUAAACUGAACGAUUUCAUCUGUAUAUUAUUGAUAUCUUAGUUGUUUUGCCCAAUGGGUGUCCUUAAAAUCUUCUGCCUUUUUCCCCAUUCUGCUUAAGUUCCCUCCCACAAAUUGCAAAAAACAAAAAAAAAACACUUAUCUCCGUCCCUGCCCUAGAAUUCUAGGGUGUGCUACGUGAUGUCAUUUUUUCGUGUGAUCUAUCUCCAUCCAAUAAAAGGUGAACUGCGCUCUUCCCUUAUCUUUUUAGUGCAAUCAUGUGAAAAUACAUUGUGUUGUUGAGGGCUUCUUGGCGGGAUUGUUCUUUGUAUGUUGUCGAUGGUCUUCUUUAUUUAAAGAAGUUCCCUUUCAUACCACUUUUAAACUCUUUCUUUUGCAUAGACCUAUCAUUGAGCAAACAGAUUUCUGCGAAUGCAUCAGGUUUGUCAGCAUCCUGUCAAAGUCUGCCCGUUUCUGUUCUUCCAAGUUGAACCUUUCUUCUCCCAAUUCGGUAAGUUCCUCGUCAAAGAGUGAACAAUAUCAAUCAUAAUAUCAAAAGAAGACGCUCUAGUUGAAGUGGUGUACUAGGGAAAGUGAUAAUGAUGUUGGAAAAAGUUUGAAGGGGCACCAAUUAUAACCAGAGGAGGACGGUGCAAGGCGUACAUUGCAUGUAGAGGUGUAUUUAUUGAUAUCAUAUUACGAAGACUGCAUUGCAUGCUUUUGGGUCUAUUGUGCUACAAAUUCCGUGAUCAAAUCUGAUUCUUGGAACUGCAGAGUUGGAUCAAUUGCAGUCGGAUUUGUUUUAACCAUCCAUCGCAUAAUCAGUGAAGAAUGGGUGAAAAAUUUAAACCCACAUACUACUAAAAUCUGCAAAUUUGGUGCUUGGAUCAGCCAUGGACCACUGUGAGAGUAGUAGUUUUUCUGGUUUUUCUGGUUUUUCUGGUUUCUCUGGUUUUUCUGGUUUUUGCUGGAUACCCUUCCUGAUUAUCGUACUUCACCAUUUAGUUUGGAAUCCAAUGACUAGCAUGGUUAUUAAACUCCCCACAUUCUACCCAGAUCUUCUGAAAUCUCCUAUUUGUUUUUUUACUUCUUGGGCCCCUCACGUUGUCUUGUUCCAGGUUUUUCAUCAAACGGCUCGCAAGCCUCCCAGACAGAUGCAGAUCUAAGUAACACGACGGUGAGUUGGUCCCUCCCUCACUGCUCUGCUAUGCAAGUUCAUGGCCGAGAAGAAAGAGCCUUCUCACGAAUGCGUCCCUGGUUCAGGUGUUCGUCGGAGGGCUCGACCCCAACGCCAGCGAGGAAGACCUGAGGCAGGCUUUCUCUCAGUACGGCGAGAUCUCUUCCAUUAAAAUCCCCGUCGGAAAGCAAUGUGGGUUCGUCCAGUUUGUCUACAGGUACCCACCCACCCACCAUUUUAAGCAUCGAAUGUGGGUCAACCACAGGCUGCUGCUGCUUCACUGACCCAUCAAAAUCCUCUGCGGCUUUGCGGUUUUCUCCGCAGGAACAACGCCGAGGAGGCCCUGCAGAGCUUGAACGGGACGGUGAUCGGCAAGCAGACCGUGCGCCUUUCCUGGGGCCGCAAUGCUGCAAAUAAACAGGUAAAACGACUAAAACUGGUUAUUAUUCUUAUUAUUACUGCAGUGGGCUCUCCCCACCCAUCGUUCUCUUCCCUCUCAUCCGUUGGCUCCUGUGCUUCUGCAGUCGAGAGGGGAUCCCGCGGGACAGUGGAGCGGCGCAUACUACGGCGGGGCCCAGGUCUUCGAUGGGUAUGGCUACGCCGUGCCGCCCCACAGCCCGGGGAUGUACGCUGCUGCCUACGGCGCUUAUCCCCUGUACGGCAAUCAGCCGCAAGUGAGCUGA